AUGUACGAUUCCAUGAAUUCACUUAUCAUUCAUUUCCAAGCAAAGAGAGCCUUACAUUCUCUCGACAAUGCCUGCGGACAAACUCUACAGUCUUGGAGAGGCCUUCAGGAAACUGUUUCAAGCCAGCCCGUGAUAGGAAGACACACAAGAAGUAUGAUACCCAACAAAUUACAAAAGAGAAGACAGAUCCAGGUUGCCCCAAAGAAGACAAAGUCCAAACACAAAGAUAGUCUUACGUCCAUACUUUCUCGGAGGAUGACUAGUUGCAUCUUUCAAAAACCUGUGACCAUAAUAACUUCACACCCUGAGAAUAAAACCAGGUACAGGAGAGAGGAAGCUCAGCUGAAGAAACCCACACAGCUCUGUGCAUUGAAGAGAUUGCAGAACUAUCAAGUUGGAGACAGUAAAGGAGGCCUAUCAUGUCCAAUGAAGUUUACCAUCCCCAUAGAAAGAAUUGCACUGGGAAUGCAGGAUGAAGCCAAUAACCACAGUGGUAUUGAGGAUCUGCUCACUCCUGGAGAAGCCACCUCUGUCCAACCCCCAUGCUUGGAAAAGACUGAGCAAGUGGCUCUUCAGUUGUCACCUUCUUUCUCCAGUCAAGGGGUAACAAUGCCACUGCCCCUUCAUCUGUCACCAUCUUACUGCAUUCAAGUAACUAAGGCAGACAUCCUGAGACAGACCUGGAAGGUAAAGAAAGCCAGGCAGAGACUGGCAGAAGCCUUGAAGGCAGACAGGCUUGCCAGGCAGGCAGAGAACAUGAGGGAGCAAAGAAGAGUGGAAAACACGCGUUGA